AUGACACGUGGAAGACAUCAACAUCUUGCAACGCCAUCGAAAGUGGCUGAAGUAAAUCGUCUUCGCUUCUUUGGUAAUAUUUUAAGGAGACCGGCAGAUCGCCUUGUUCAACGAGUUCUGAGGAGUUUGCCGGGUUCGAACUGGAAGAAGCCACCUGGCCGAAAACGGAAGUUCUGGACUGACGCGGUGAAAGAGGACCUGAGGACACUCGGUGUGGAUAGGCAGUUCAGGCGAGACGUAAAGCUUUGCAGAAUAUGGAACAGCGACGAAUGGAUUGGUCCUGUGCAAGCUCUCGCAGAAGAUCGAGAAGGUUGGGCAGAGCUGUGUUCAAGGACGGCACACCUCGGCGAAGAUGCGGGUAAUCGCGUCAGGCGAUGA